AUUUAGUACCGUUAUUACUGUUGCUGUCUCAAUACUAAGAAUCCUGUGGUUGAGAGGCAAAUCUCAAUUUUAUGUGCUCAAGGAAGAGGGGCACAGGUGUGGUGGCAUACCUGUAGUCCCAGCUACUUGGAAGGCUGAGGCGGUUGGAUCACUUGAGCUCAUGAGUUGGAGACCAGCCUGCGCAACAUGGUUAGACCCCGCCUCAAUCAAAAAAGCAAAACAGAGAACAACAACAACAACAAAAACAAACAAACAAACAAACUAAACUAAAAAUAAAGAGGGAGGAACCCUGCCACGCUCCACUGCAUAUUAUCCUUAAUGUUUUAGGUGUCAAACUGUGAAAAAUAACUCGUAAUGGAAGGGAGAAAAUCAGGCAUUAAGCAUAGACGACUGUUAUCACAGUUCUGUUCAUUAAUGAAAACAACUUUGCAGUGUUUACAAGGAUCUUUACAAAAAAGGGAUGUUAUCAUUCAGCUGGGAGCGGGGAAUAACCUCCGGCUUCUCAAAGGAGGCCCUCAGGCCUCAGUUGGCUCUUUUCCCUCUUGGCUCCCAGCAGGACGUGCCCAAGCCCACCGCAGCAGCGCGCCGUUGCUCAGGCCUGGCCAGGCGGGUGCUGACCAUCGCCUUCGCCCUGCUCAUCCUGGGCCUCAUGACCUGGGCCUAUGCCGCCGGCGUGCCACUGGCCUCGGAUAGCUACGGCCUCCUGGCCUUCGGACUCUACGGAGCCUUCCUCUCGGCGCACCUGGUGGCGCAGAGUCUCUUCGCGUACCUGGAGCACCGGCGGGUGGCGGCUGCGGCGCGGCGCGCGGCGGCACGGGGGCCCCUGGACGCGGCCACCGCCCGCAGCGUGGCGCUAACCAUCUCCGCGUACCAGGAGGACCCGGCGUACCUGCGCCAGUGUCUGACGUCCGCUCGCGCCCUGCUGUACCCGCGCGCGCGGCUGCGCGUGCUCAUGGUGGUGGACGGGAACCGCGCCGAGGACCUCUACAUGGUCGACAUGUUCCGCGAGGUCUUCGCCGACGAGGACCCCGCCACCUAUGUGUGGGACGGCAACUACCACCAGCCCUGGGAACCUGCAGCUGCGGGCGCGGUGGAUGCCGGCGCCGGCGCCUACCGGGAGGUGGAGGCCGAAGAUCCAGGACGGCUGGCGGUGGAGGCGCUGGUGAGGACGCGCAGGUGCGUGUGCGUGGCGCAGCGCUGGGGCGGCAAGCGCGAGGUCAUGUACACGGCCUUCAAGGCGCUGGGCGACUCUGUGGACUAUGUGCAGGUCUGUGACUCAGACACCAGGCUGGACCCCAUGGCACUGCUGGAGCUGGUGCGGGUGCUGGAUGAGGACCCCCGGGUAGGGGCUGUUGGGGGGGAUGUGCGAAUCCUCAACCCUCUGGACUCGUGGGUCAGUUUCCUGAGCAGCCUGCGGUACUGGGUAGCCUUCAACGUGGAGCGUGCUUGUCAGAGCUACUUCCACUGCGUGUCCUGCAUCAGUGGUCCCCUCGGUGAGCAAGCUCCCCAGGGCUUGGGGGGGGGGCCAUGGCUGGGGGAGGGAGAAGGGGAGCAGAGAGGUGAUAACGGAACCUUGAUUGGCCUUAUUUUACACAUGAGAAAACUGAGGCCCAGAGAGGCUAAGAAACUUGUCCCAGCGGAGGUCCGGCAGGCUCGGGAGUCCUGCCCGGGCCCAGGGAGCCGCGCUGAGGCCCUCCUUUGUCACCCACCGCCCAGGUAUACCUCGCGGUCCCGCUGCUACUCGGAGACGCCCUCUUCCUUCCUGCGCUGGCUGAGCCAGCAGACGCGCUGGUCCAAGUCCUACUUCCGCGAGUGGCUCUACAACGCGCUGUGGUGGCACCGGCACCACGCGUGGAUGACCUACGAGGCGGUGGUGUCCGGCCUCUUCCCGUUCUUCGUGGCGGCCACCGUGCUGCGGCUCUUCUACGCCGGGCGCCCGUGGGCGCUGCUCUGGGUGCUGCUGUGCGUGCAGGGCGUGGCGCUGGCCAAGGCGGCCUUCGCGGCCUGGCUGCGCGGCUGCCUGCGCAUGGUGCUGCUCUCGCUCUACGCGCCGCUCUACAUGUGCGGCCUGCUGCCCGCCAAGUUCCUGGCGCUGGUCACCAUGAACCAGAGCGGCUGGGGCACCUCGGGCCGCCGCAAGCUGGCCGCCAACUACGUCCCUCUGCUGCCGCUGGCCCUCUGGGCCUUGCUGCUGCUCGGGGGCCUGGUGCGCAGCGUGGCCCAGGAGGCCAGGGCCGACUGGUGCAGCCCCUCCCGGGUGGCCGAGGCCUACCACCUGGCGGCCGGCGCCGGCGCCUACCUGGGCUACUGGGUGGUGAUGCUGACCCUGUACUGGGUGGGCGUGCGGAGGCUCUGCCGGCGGCGCAGCGGGGGCUACCGCGUCCAGGUGUGAGUGCGCCUCGCCGCCGCUCGCCAGGGCCUGCUGCUCUCCGGAGGAGUCUCUGGGCCUGGGUUUACCUCCUCUGUGAAGUGAGCGGGUGGACGCAAGGCCUUUCAGUCAGGACUGUAUUGGGGCUGAGACCAUAUUGGGUCUUGGGAAGGGGUAUUUAUUGAUCAGGGUAUGGGUUUUUAGGAUGGGGGAAAGGGCCCCACUUUCUCCCUGUUCUUAUUUAAUCUCUAUUUGUACUGUGAUUAGGAUGUAAUAAAGAAUUCUAUUUAUUUUCC